AUGCCAAAAAAUAUAUAUUUACCAAAAGAAAAUAUUCCUAAAACGGAAGAAGUUAGAUAUUUAGAAGAUCAAAACCAAAAACCAUCAAAAGACAAAAAAUCCGAAACUCCUCCAGCAAAUAAUAACCAAAAAAAUCCCGUUAAAGAAUAUAAGGAUAAUGUUCCGAUUAAAGAAUUAGACCGGAAUAAGGACUACUAUCAACAAGAAUGUAAGGCUUGUACUAGUAAAGUUAAUCGGCUGAUAAAAUACGAGCAUCUUAAAUUAGGUAAUGAUAAGGAUGAAAUUAAACCACACCGGACAGAUCUUUGUGUUAAAUGUCAAACGGAGGAGAAAUGUUGA